AUGGCAUACAAUGACGACGCCGUUCUUGCGCGACUAUCUGCGCUCAAUGAGAGCCACGACAGUAUUGCGACAGCUGCUCAAUGGAUAAUGUUUCACAAGUAUGCGAAUAACGCUGAGGCCAACUGGCAAUACGGUACUAAUUCGCUCGAACCUAGGCGGCAUGCCGAUCGAACCGUUGCGCUUUGGAUGCAACGAUUAAAAGACUCGUCCGCAACAAGAAGACUUAGUCUUGUCUACCUCGCAAAUGAAGUUGCGCAGCAAUCUCGAAUCCGGCGAAAAGAAGACUUCAUAAUUGCCUUUUCGCCCGUAAUUGCCGAAGCCACAUCGCUUGCAUACAAAGGCGCCCCGACUGAAAUACACGGAAAAUUACGGCGCGUGGUUGACGUGUGGAAAGAUCGGAAUAUAUUCGAGGCUCCUAUACAACAUGCUAUCGAAUCGCGCUUGGAUGGUAGCUACCCCCAAACAGCCUGGCAAGGAGGCAUAAGGUUUGGUAACUCGCCAUUUACCUCGAACACGGCAGCAACAGCACCACACGAGUUUAUUCCGCUCAUUUCUGGGUUUCAAAAGGUCCAAAAGCUGCGUGUGCCGCUCAAAUCUACUAUCGAAUCCGCGAACCAAGAGUAUGAGAAGCAAACAGAUCCAUCCACUCCCGUACCGUCAGCACCAGUUUUCGCGGCACGCCUCAAUGGCCUCCUUAAGACAUUGUCCAAUGCAGAAACUGCUACUAGAGAAAGCGUGGCGACCAGGGAAAGCUUAAUUGCUGACCUAGAAAAGAUGCUUCAGGGACAGAGGUCUGAGCUUGAGAUAGACCAUGACGCGCUGUCGCAGCUAUCAGCCAGGAAGGCAGAGAUUGAAGAUAAGAAGCAACAAGUGGAGCUAGCUAUCAUGCGAGCACUUGGCCCAGCCGAUACCAGCGAUCCACAAACCAACGGAGAGGAAAGCACGCCGGCACAGGAACCAGGCCGCCCGGAGAUGGAGGCUCUUACACCGCCGAUGAUGGAAGAGUUCACACCUCCACCGCCAGAGAUUGAGCCUCUGAGCCCGAUCGGCGAGACAGAAACCAUGCCAGAAGAGGGGAAAGCUAGACUGGGUACCACAUAUUCAAUCGCCAUAUCCUCUAACGGUUCAAAUAAAAGACGGAGGGUCGGUGACGAUAGUGAAUUUCCAGAUAUGGGAGGAGACGAUGGCAUUGACGAUGAUGUUGCUGAAAUGCUGAAAGACGGAGGAUAA